AUGGAAGAGGCAGAGUAUGUGAUCGUCGGUGGCGGUACAGCAGCCCUAGUUGUUGCCUGCCGACUGUCGGAGAACCCAGAGACGCGCAUCAUGGUGCUGGAGCGCGGUAAAGAUGCAUCGAGUGAUGUUCACGUCCAGAAUCCACUGGAAUACGAGUCUCUGAUAGGCAGUGAGAUGGAUUGGAACCUCAAGGUAGCUCCGCAGGCCGGACUGAACGGUCGAGAAUUCAACCAGCCAGCGGGGAAGGGCCUGGGCGGGUCUUCGUUAAUCAAUGGUUGCAUCUUCCUGCCCCCAGCUGCAGCGGUUCUUAAUGCCUGGAAUUCGCUGGGCAAUCCGGGCUGGAACUGGGAAACGCUCGCGCCCUAUUUUCAACGGGCUUAUACUUUGCAUCCCAGGACCGGGGGGCCCCAGCAUAACAGAGCUGGCCCAAUCCAAGUGAGCUACCCAGUGUCUGCCGAGAGGGCUGAUAAAACCCUGCUCGACGCAUGGAAGCAAACAUUUGAGAAAUACGGCUAUGCUUACGCCGACGAAUUGGUGUCGGAAGGGGCAACGAUCGGUACGCGGCCAUAUACUGCGACCAUCGACCCGGUGUCCGGAUAUCGCAGCAGCGCAGCGAGCGGAUACGGCGCCGUUCUUGCGUCUCGUGCGAACGUGAGCAUCGUCACCGGUGCCACCGUAACACGUAUCCUAUUCGAGCCGUUUGCACCGAAUGGCAAUCCCGCUGCCACGGCAGUAGAGGUCCAGACCGAAGCCCGGGGGACCGUCCUCUUCAAACCCACUAAAGAGGUGAUUAUGGCCGCGGGCGUGGUCAACAACCCCAAGAUCCUCGAACUGUCGGGAAUUGGGGAUCAGGCUCGACUCCAGGAGCUCGGCAUUUCACCACUUGUCCACCUGCCCGGAGUAGGAGAGAACCUGACGAACCACGCCAUGAGUAUCCUGACGGCCCCGGUGAAAGCACAUGCGGACAUCCAGGAUAUUGCCCCAGGCAUGAAAGCCAACGCCCUCAUCCGCCUUGCGCCCGCGGACAUGCAAGAGAUUCUCGAUCGGGCCCGCGAGAGUCCAGACCACACGGCCAUUGCAGGGAUCCUUAACGACCCCAAUGAGGCGUCCGCCUGCGUACACUUCGCCAUCUACCCCGGCAAUCUCGCCGUUAUGGCCCUUUUCCCCUCCUUUCCUUUCUCCAGGGGCAACACCCAUAUCCAAUCAGCGGACCCAGCUAGCAGCCCCAAGAUUGACCCAAAAUACCUGACCAACCCGUCAGACCUCGAGUCCAUGGUCCGGCACGUUCAGCACUUGCAGGUAAUUCUCCACUCCGCCCGUCUCCAGCCCUUCGUCGAUGCGCCGCCGCCCCAGGACCGAGAGAUGCUCGUCCAGCUGGUGCGCGAGGCCAUGGUCAUCCCAACGGCCCAUCCAUGCGGUACCACCGCGAUGCUGCCCCGCGAAAAAGGUGGUGUCGUCGCGCCGGAUCUGAAGGUUUACGGCGUCAGCAAUGUUCGUGUGGUCGAUGCAAGCGUCUUCCCCGUCAUUCCGCAGGCGAAUCCCAUUAGCACCGUUUAUAUGGUGGCUGAACGGGCCGCAGAUUUGAUUCGAGCACCUUGA